AUGCUGAGGUGAUAUUUCCAUGGUAGAUAUGACAAACACAAGACAGGCUCACAGUUCACACAAUGCAGUGGAAAUAUGCAAAAAGGGUUAAUGUAUCUUGAAGACACUGCCUGAAAGGUAAUCCUACAAGCUAAUCCUACAUCUUUACCAUCAGUCUGUACAAUGAUGUUUGCGUGCAUAGGGUUGUCUCUGGUUAAUGUCUCUAUGUCCCCCUCCUUCACAUAAUCAAUGGGAGUUACCUAGCAGCCAGGUGAGGUAUUUUCUAUCUAUUGUGGGUUCAUUGCUUUGGCUAGAGUCUGGAGUGCUCCCCGGGUCAUUUGCAUUGCACAUUAAUCACUCACAACUCAGGAAUUGAGGUCUUUAUAAAAACAAAAAAAACUAUUUUCAACUUUAGGGUCAUUUUAUUAAUUCACAUAGAUAAUGAAUAUCAUUCAAUGUGAUUUUAACUUUUGGAAUUAACGUAUGCAAGAUUAUUUUUAUAUACAGUGCAUUCGGAAAGUAUUCAGACCCCCUUGACUUUUUCCACAUUUUGAUUUAAAAAAGAAUAAUCUCAUCAAUCUACACACAAUACCCCAUAAUGACAAAGCAACAUCCAGUUUUUAGAAAUGUUUGCAAAUUUAUUUUAAGAAAUAAACUCACAUAUGACAUUUACAUAAGUAUUCAGACCCUUUACUCAGUACUUUGUUGAAGCACCUUUGGCGGCGAUUACAGCCUCGAGUCUUUUUGGGUAUGACGCUACAAGCUUGGAACACCUUGUAGGUGCCUUUUGGCAAACUCCAAGUGGGCUGUCAUGUGCCUUUCACUGAGAAGUGGCUUCCGUCUGGCCACUCCACCAUAAAGGCCUGAUUGGUGGAGUGCUGCAGAGAUGGUUGUUCUUCUGGAAGGUUCUCCCAUCUUGGUGGUUCCAAACUUAUUUCAUUUAAGAGGGAUGGAGGCCACUGUUAAAAUAAAAAUAUGUUUUCACUUUGUCAUUAUUGUGUGAAGAUUGUUGAGGAUUUUUUUCAUCCAUUUUAGAGUAAGGCUGUAACAUGUAUGUAUACAGUACCAGUCAAAAGUUUGGACACACCUACUAAUUCAAGGGUUUUUCUUAAUUUUUACUCAUUUCUACAUUGUAGAAUAAUGGUGAAGAUGUCAAAACUAUGAAAUAACACAUAUGGAAUCAUGUAGUUACCAAAAAAGUGUUAAACAAAUCAAAAUAUAUUUUUAUAUUUGAGAUUCUUCAAAUAGCCACCAUUUGCCUUGACAGCUUUGCAUUCUUGGCAUUCUCUCAACCAGCUUCAUGAGGAAUGCUUUUCCAACAGUCUUGAAGGAGUUCCCACAUAUGCUGAGAACUUGUUGGCUAUUUUUCCUUCACUCUGCGGUCCAACUCAUCCCAAACCAUCUCAAUUGGGUUGAGGUCGGGUGAUUGUGGAGGCCAUGUCAUCUGAUGCAGCACUCCAUCACUCUCCUUCUUGGUCAAAUAGCGCUUACACAGCCUAGAGGUGUGUUUUGGGUCAUUGUCUUGAUGAAAAACAAAUGAGAGUCCCACUAAGCGCAAACCAGAUGGGAUGGCGUAUCGCUGCAGAAUGCUGUGGUAGCCAUGUUGGUUAAGUGUGCCUUGAAUUCUAAAUAAAUCACAGACCGUGUCACCAGCAAAGCACCCCCACACCAUCACACCACCUCCUCCAUGCUUCACCUGAUAAUUAAUUGCACCCUGAUUAGAGGGGAAGUGUGGGGAAGAAGCUGUGGAUUUAAGGGGUAUGUAUACAAACACUGCAGUGCAAGUGUUGAUCUCCUGUGUUUUGUGUUUCUCUCCAGGUUGGUGGAUGACAGAUGUGUGGUAGAGCCAGCUGCAGGGGAUCUGGACAAUCCCCCCAAGAAGUUCAGAGGUCAGAUGAGUAUUGACAUUAUUUAGGCCUGCAACGUAGUGCGUGGGUGUGUGUGUCUCUCUUUGUGGGAGUGUUAUUUAAAUGUGUGCAUGCGUACUUCCCUGUGUAUUUGUGAGAGUGAUUGCCAAUAUGUUAUUGUGUGUUUGCUUGUGACUAAGUGUGUCCAUGACUAUGACAUAUGGGGAAUGUACAGGUCUCUGCCUACUCGGCCUGAUAUGGGCACCAGAGAGAACAGACUCCAAAUCAGACAGCAGACACAUUUUUUAAAACCCGCACUCAGUUUUCUCCGAUUCCAUCACUGGGGUGACAUCACAUUCAGAGCAUUUCUUUCUGAUCAAAGGUUCAUCGAUGUCCUACCCUUGGAUCUCAGUUUAAACAGUUUGUAUUUUAUACCAUUCCGCUCCAGCCAUUACCAAAUGCAUGUCCCCCAUUAAGGUGCCACAGCCUCCAGUGCCUGCCACACCUCGACUGUAUCAAAUAAGACAUUUCAAUAUUACUGAGGGGCGACCUGCAUUUUAAGGAUGUUUGCUGUUAUGGUGCCGCUAUGACCUUCCUGCCAGCCCUGUGUGGCAGAUAACAACUACUGUACUCACAGAGCAGAGCACACAGACAGCCAGCUGAUAAAGUCCUUUAUCUCCAAUAUUAGUAUUAGGCUGCUUUAAAAACAGGAUAUCCCUCUGAGGAUAGGGAGAGUCAAUAUUGGCCCAGAUCCACUGUCCCCUAUGGUAAGCAAACUAUUCAUUUUAUGUGGAAGCGAUAUAUACUUGCUCAGACAGUGACACAGCACAUCUUUGCUAUAAAGAACAUAGAUGCUCGGGAGAAUGGCAGCCAUCUUGGCAUAGUAAUGUUAAAAUAGUGCAUCACUAGCCCCCUGCCCCCCAUAUUAUACUUCACAGGUUUUUAAUAUUUGAAACCAACACAUCUACAACAUUGAAUACUCACCAGUCCCCUUAUUAGCAAUCUUAACCCUUUAAUCACACUAUUAUGUCUCAGACUGCCUCUUCAAAGUGUGUCCCAUGAACCGCUACUCUGCACAGAAACAGUUCUGGAAAGCCAAGCAGGCCAAGCAUGAAAAGGACAAGAUCGCUGAUGUGGUACUACUUCAGAAACUACAGGUAAAAGAUACUUACAAGGUUCAUACCACCAGGUUAGAGACUGUACAACAAGGAUCAUACCACCAGGUUAGAGACAGCACAACAAGGUUCAUACCACCAGGUUAGAGACGGUACAACAAGGAUCAUACCACCAGGUUAGAGACAGCACAACAAGGUUCAUACCACCAGGUUAGAGACAGCACAACAAGGUUCAUACCACCAGGUUAGAGACAGCACAACAAGGUUCAUACCACCAGGUUAGAGACAGCACAACAAGGUUCAUACCACCAGGUUAGAGAUGGUACAACAAGGUUCAUACCACCAGGUUAGAGACAGCACAACAGGGUUCAUACCACCAGGUUAGAGACAGCACAACAAGGUUCAUACCACCAGGUUAGAGACAGCACAACAAGGUUCAUACCACCAGGUUAGAGACAGCACAACAAGGUUCAUACCACCAGGUUAGAGAUGGUACAACAAGGUUCAUACCACCAGGUUAGAGACGGCACAACAGGGUUCAUACCACCAGGUUAGAGACAGCACAACAAGGUUCAUACCACCAGGUUAGAGACAGCACAACAAGGUUCAUACCACCAGGUUAGAGACAGCACAACAAGGUUCAUACCACCAGGUUAGAGACAGCACAACAGGGUUCAUACCACCAGGUUAGAGACAGCACAACAGGGUUCAUACCACCAGGUUAGAGACAGUACAACAAGGUUCUUACCACCAGGUUAGAGACAGUACACUGGAUUUUCACUGACACUGAUGCAACUUUUCCUUGUUCUCCACAGCAUGCCUCUAAUCUGGAGCAGAAACAGAACGAGACAGAAAACAAGAAGGUCCACGGUGGUGUAGUAAAAUACGGCACUGUCAUUCAGGUAAGGUCUGAGUUCCCAGCAGCACUGUUGAGCACAGGAGGUUGGUGGCACCUUAAUUGGGGGGGACGGGCUCGUGGUAAUGGCUGGAGCGGAAUUGGUGGAACAGUAUCAAAUAUAUCAAACACAUGGUUUAUAUGUGUUAGAUGCCAUUCCAUUUGCUCCGUUCCAGCCAUUAUUAUGAGCCGUCCUCCCCUCAGCAGCCUCCACUGCUGUUGAGAUAAGCCGACACUCAGGUGUUCAACAGCCUAUGCCUCUUCCUGCUCUGGUGAAUGGAAUUACUGUAACUGUAAUGUAAUGGGAUCAGGCCGAUAUUAAUGAAUGGCUGGUCUUGUACCGUAGGGGAAGCUUGAGCACACCUGCACAUUCUCAGUGUGAUGGGUCUGCAGAUCACCAAUCAGUAUGUGUCUGGUAAAGGGUUUGAGCACACCUGCACAGUAUCAAUCAGGGAGGGGUCCCAGAAUACCUGUGUUUGAAUCACUUUCAGCAAGUAUGCACCCAGCUAGCACAUAGCGUUCUGAGAACCAUAUGUUUCUUAGGGCUUGGUGAGAGCGUGGUUGUCCUAUAGUUAUUUUGCAUACAACCUUCCCACAGCAUUCUGGGAAAGAUGCAGGAUAGUUGCUUGGCUUUGGAACAUUCUCAGCACAUUAAACAACAAACAUUAUUUUCUAAGUAUUUACUUUAACAGAACGUUUCCUAAAAGUUCAAACAUGGUUACAUUUAAUUUCAGUUUUAGUAAUGUUCUAGGAACGUUCUCCAACUGGUUUGACAUUGGGAAUGUUCUCAAAUAGUUCAGAGAACGUUAAGAAACAACAUUCUUCUGUGGGAAUUUCAGUACUUCAGCAUAACGUUUCCUACAGGUUCUAUUUAAAGUAAUGUGUCCAAAUUGUUCAGAGAACAUUAACAAAACUUUUGUACGUUUCCGAGAACGUUUAAAGAACGUUAUUUAAAAACAUAUAUUCAGUUCUCAGCAUCAACAAAAUUCUCUCUAUCCUCUAUCAUGUUGUGUGUUGGCCACACAAACUAAUAGGCUACACCAGAUCUUAAUGAGUGCUUGUUUCCUUUGAAAUGGGGUCUGUUUGAAUAGAUUAAAAUGAACAGCUUUGUAUGCGUAAAAAAACAUGGCAUGCUAGCUCCAUCCUGGUGGCGCAGUGGACUAAUUCCACGGAUAGAGAACAGAAGAUUAUAGGUUUGAAUCUCACUGAUGCUGUGUCACAAUAAAAAAAGAAAUGUGUUUGAAUGAUUAAUGCUGAAGCAAAUUAAUUUCCAUGUGUCCUAUCUGUGCUUGGAGUUCAAAAAAGUAUUAUUGAAACAUUUAGUGAAAGUUUUUUAAGGAAGUUAUUAAAAUAACUCUAAAUAAUCUAUAAUUUCUGUUCUCAGAGCGUUGAUAAAACCUCCCAGGAAAACGUUCAAGGAACCAGCGUAAAAUGUUCUCAGAACCUCCCUCACUUCUGUUCUCAGAGCGUUAAUAAAACCUCCCAGGAAAACGUUCAAGGAACCAGCGUAAAACGUUCUCAGAACCUCCCUCACUUCUGUUCUCAGAAUGUUUAAAAAAACGUUCAGUUUUAUCAGUCAGGAAACGUAUGUCUUCAUUCCCACAACCAAAAAACAAGGACCCAAAUGUGCUAGCUGUGGGUAGCAUCACUCACUAAUGGGAGUUAUUGACCUCCAAGUUACAGGGAUUGGUGUGAUGAUAGUCAGGUGUUUCGCAACCUAAGCUUCCUCAUUUACAUUUUACAUUUUAGUCAUUUAGCAGACGCUCUUAUCCAGAGCGACUUACAGUUAGUAAUCAUCAUGACUCCUAAUAGCUGAUCCAUAACGGCUUGUUUCUGCAUGUCACCCUGUAUGGAAACUUAGACAGCCUAUGUGCCAGGUUGUCAUCGCCAUAGACAGGUGAAGUCCGCCUAGAUUUUCCUCUUAAGUGUGUUCAUAUUCUAAAGAAAUUCUAAGUGAUGACAGAGAACAGACCGCACCGGUUUCUCAGUGAUCCCUACCGCUGGGCAUUCCACAUGAAAAGCGCCUUUUUACUACCAUGUCAUAAACAACAUAACGUAAUAGUGCGUUGAAUCAUAUGUAGCAAAGACUAAUUUACUGCAUGUGUGUAGUACUAGUUGUAAUUUAUUUGCACCAAAGAAAACAAGUGAUAAACAACAAUACAGAUAAAAAACUAAUUAAAAAAAUUAAAAAACUGUGUGCAGGUUGGAAGCCCAAGGGCUUAAAUAAAAACCACACCACAAAAAAACAAUAUAAACUACAGUGGCUUGCGACAGUAUUGUCGCAAGCCACUGUAGUUUAUAUAGGGUCAUACAGUGGGGGAAAAAAGUAUUUAGUCAGCCACCAAUUGUGCAAGUUCUCCCACUUAAAAAGAUGAGAGAGGCCUGUAAUUUUCAUCAUAGGUACACGUCAACUAUGACAGACAAAUUGAGAGAGAAAAAUCCAGAAAAUCACAUUGUAGGAUUUUUUAUGAAUUUAUAUGCAAAAUGGUGGAAAAUAAGGAUUUGGUCACCUACAAACAAGCAAGAUUUCUGGCUCUCACAGACCUGUAACUUCUUCUUUAAGAGGCUCCUCUGUCCUCCACUCGUUACCUGUAUUAAUGGCACCUGUUUGAACUUGUUAUCAGUAUAAAAUACACCUGUCCACAACCUCAAACAGUCACACUCCAAACUCCACUAUGGCCAAGACCAAAGAGCUGUCAAAUGACACCAGAAACAAAAUUGUAGACCUGCACCAGGCUGGGAAGACUGAAUCUGCAAUAGGUAAGCAGCUUGGUUUGAAGAAAUCAACUGUGGGAGCAAUUAUUAGGAAAUGGAAGACAUACAAGACCAUUGAUAAUCUCCCUCGAUCUGGGGCUCCACGCAAGAUCUCACCCCGUGGGGUCAAAAUGAUCACAAGAACGGUGAGCAAAAAUCCCAGAACCACACGGGGGGACCUAGUGAAUGACCUGCAGAGAGCUGGGACCAAAGUAACAAAGCCUACCAUCAGUAACCCACUACGCCGCCAAGGACUCAUCCUGCAGUGCCAGACGUGUCCUCCUGCUUAAGCCAGUACAUGUCCAGGCCCGUCUGAAGUUUGCUAGAGUGCAUUUGGAUGAUCCAGAAGAGGAUUGGGAGAAUGUCAUAUGGUCAGAUGAAACCAAAAUAUAACUUUUUGGUAAAAACUCAACUCGUCGUGUUUGGAGGACAAAGAAUGAUGAGUUGCAUCCAAAGAACACCAUACCUACUGUAAAGCAUGGGGGUGGAAACAUCAUGCUUUGGGGCUGUUUUUCUGCAAAGGGACCAGGACGACUGAUCCGUGUAAAGGAUAGAAUGAAUGGGGCCAUGUAUCGUGAGAUUUUGAGUGAAAACCUCCUUCCGUCAGCAAGGGCAUUGAAGAUGAAACGUGGCUGGGUCUUUCAGCAUGACAAUGAUCCCAAACACACCGCCCGGGCAACGAAGCAGUGGCUUCGUAAGAAGAAUUUCAAGGUCCUGGAGUGGCCUAGCCAGUCUCCAGAUCUCAACCCCAUAGAAAAUCUUUGGAGGGAGUUGAAAGUCUGUGUUGCCCAACGAUAGCCCCAAAACAUCACUGCUCUAGAGGAGAUCUGCAUGGAGGAAUGGGCCAAAAUACCAGCAACAGUGUGUGAAAACCUUGUGAAGACUUACAGAAAACGUUUGACCUGUGUCAUUGCCAACAAAGGGUAAAUAACAAAGUAUUGAGAUACUUUUGUUAUUGACCAAAUACUUAUUUUCCACCAUAAUUUGCAAAUAAAUUCAUAAAGAAUCCUACAAUGUGAUUUUCUGGAAAACAUUUUUCUCAUUUUGUCUGUCAUAGUUGACAUGUACCUAUGAUGAAAAUUACAGGCCUCUCUCAUCUUUUUAAGUGGGAGAACUUGCACAAUUGGUGGCUGACUAAAUACUUUUUUCCCCCACUGUAUAUAGGGUGAUUGUCCUGCUGGAAGGUGACCUUUCGUCCCAGUCUCAAAUCUCUGGAAGACUGAAACAGGUUUCCCUCAAGAAUGUCCCUGUAUUUAGCACGAUCCAUCAUUCCUUCAAUUCUGACCAGUUUCCCAGUCCCUGCUGAUGGAAAAACAUCCCCACAGCAUGAUGCUGCCACCACCAUGCUUCACUGUGGGGAUGGUGUUCUCGGGAUGAUGAGAGGUGUUGGGUUUGCGCCAGACAUUUUCCUUGAUGGCCAAAAAGCUCAAUUUUAGUCUCAUCUGACCAGAGUACCUUCUUCCAUAUGUUUGGGGAGUCUCCCACAUGCCUUUUGGCGAAUACCAAACGUGUUUGCUUAUUUUUUUCUUUAAGCAAUGGCUUUUUUUUGGCCACUCUUCCUUAAAGCCCAGCACUGUGGAGUGUACGGCUUAAAGUGUUCCUAUGGGCAGAUACUCCAAUCUCUGCUGUGGAGCUUUGCAGCUCCUUCAGGGUUAUCUUUGGUCUCUUUGUUGCCUCUCUGAUUAAUGCCUGGUCUGUGAGUUUUGGUGGACGGCCCUCUCUUGGCAGGUUUGUUGUGGUGCCAUAUUCUUUCCAUUUUUAAAUUAUGGAUUUAAUAGUGCUCCAUGGGAUGUUCAAAGUUUCUGAUAUUUUUUUAUAACCCAACCCUGAUCUGUACAUCUCCACAACUUUGUCCAUGACCUGUUUGGAGAGCUCCUUGGUCUUCAUGGUGCCGCUUGCUUGGUGGUGCCCCUUGCUUAGUGGUGUUGCAGACACUGGGGCCUUUCAGAACAGGUGUAUAUAUACACUGAGAUCAUGUGACACUUAGAUUGCACAUAAGUGGACUUUAUUUAACUAAUUAUGUGACUUCUGAAGGUAAUUGGUUGCACCAGAUCUUAUUUAGGGGCUUCAUAGCAAAGGGGGUGAAUACAUAUGCACGCACUACUUUUCCAUUAUUUAUUUUUUAGAAUGUUUUGAAACAAGUACUUUUUUUCAUUUAACUUCACCAAUUUGGACUAUUUUGUGUAUGUCCAUUACAUGAAAUCCAAAUAAAAAUCCAUUUAAAUUACAGGUUGUAAUGCAACAAAAUAGGACAAACACCAAGAGGGAUGAAUACUUUUGCAAGUACAAAAAUAAAAAAGGUUUGUUAAAACAGAUAACAAAACCUACUAAUUAUAAAUGAAUUGAUCAGUAAAAAAUAUAUAUUUGUUUUGUUUAAAUGUGUGAGAAUUAGGCUAUGUGGAGGAGAUUACGGAGUAGUUUGGUUCAUCAGGCUGACCCCUAGUCUUCAUGGAGGAGAUUACGGAGUAGUUUGGUUAAUCAGGCUGACCCCUAGUCUUCGCUUGAAGUUAGAGGGAUGAUGAUGUUUUGGCAAUGUGAAUAUAAGAAUUACAGCGUAUGUAUCUGAUAGAGAAUUGUCUGUGAUGUGGGGAGGGUGAAGGUUAUCGCAGUGUCUUGUGUUUAUAUAAGAUGGAUUUCAGAAUUAACCUGGAAGAAUCCAUUUAAGGGUUUAGGUAAACUGUCUGGGAGGUAUGAGUAUUUGUAGAUAAAAGUGCAUAAUUGGGGUACAUUAAUGUUGUAAAUAGACAAGAUAUUGAGUUUCUUAAACAAAACGUUCUUAAAUUCAACAGGUCUAUCAAACCAAGAACAUUUGUCUGAACUUGAACAUAUUUUAGAGUUUUGUUCAUUUCAUAGAUGGGCUACAGUUGAUGGUCAUUAUCAGACAUCUCCAACCCCUAUUUUCAUCACUGAAGGCCCAAUGAAGAGAGUCAAUAAUUCCCAGGAAAAUGUACAGUACAGUGUCAAUAUCUUAUGAGAAAUGUAUUUAUUGACUGAGGUCUAGGCACCAGGAUUUCCACUGAACCUGUACCUGGUCAAUAUUGACUCUGAGGCCUUAUUGCAACAGAGAGAGGGCUGUCCUCUUGUCUUUUCCUACUAGCACUGACUUAGCUGAUUAGCUACUUUAUUGAGAAAAAAUGUACUUACAAUGACUGUGAUAUGUGGUUGUCCCACCUAGCCAUCUGAAGAUGAGUGCACUAACUGUAAGUUGCUCUGGAUAAGAUCUAAAUGUAAUGCACUUACAGAACCGUGGGACGUACAGUGAAGGGUCAAUGUUAAGAGCCUUCGCUGAUCCGGGCAGACAUUAUAGGUAUGAUUCCUUGUGAUUCAACUGUGUAGUGUAGAGGUCCUUCUGAUUCAGACAGGCUGAGGAGGGAGGGGAGGGUUGUAGACAAAGGGGGAGUCUGUUUCUCUCUCUCUCUCUCUGGAGAUCAAUAGCUGUAAUAUGUUAACGGCUGUGCAGCAAGUUUGCACAGCACACCUUGGGGUUAUCACAAGAGCAAGCAUACAAUGCAGCACAACUAACCUGCUGAGUCACUUUAUCUUCCAGGGAGUAAGGUCUAAUGUAGCUUUGAGGAUUUACUGAAGUUCUUCUAAGGGUUGGACACGCCUUCACCCUUCCUCAGGUUUCCCCCAGUCCUUUAAUCUCCUUAGGGUUGCAAAAUUCCGUGAAUUUUUCAAUAAAUUCCCUGGUUUCCCGAAAUCCCGGUUGGAGGAUUCCCGGAAUCGGGAGGGAAUAAGUAGGAAAUCCGUCUACCUCCAACCAGGAUUUCUGGAAAACCAGGGAAUUUAUUGAAAGUUCCCGGAAGUUUGCAACCAUAAUUCUCCUUAGUCUCUUCUAACCAUAAUAAGCUUCAGUGAGGACAGGUGUGCUACUUUCCCUUCAUUUGCUCUUAUUGAAAUGUCUGAGACCGUAUAGUCUCUGAAUGACAACAUCUGGGGGAUCCUCUCUGUUGAUACAUGGUUUUAGUACUAUUCAUCUUGGUCUUCCAACCAUGCUUACUUAAGUGGUUCCCUUCCUGGCUGGCUGGUUCCCAUUUAUUGAAUGGGAUAGUGGUCUAUUCGAUCCAUGUCAACCUACCACCAUAACAGCACAUUAUCACAGACACGAUAUGAAAGUGAGUGAGUGGAGGUUUAACAGUGGCCCGUGUGGUCUGUCUUUCUGUGUGUAAUGUACCCUGGCUGACAGCUCCUGCAUAUGAAGAGUAACAAGUUCCUGACUGUGAAUAAGCGUCUGCCUGCCCUGCUGGAGAAGAAUGCCAUGCGGGUCACCCUGGACGGAACGGGGAAUGAGGGCUCCUGGAUGUUCAUCCAACCCUUCUGGAAGCUAAGGGCCAACGGAGACAAUGUAACUCACCUAACUCGUAUUACAGUACAGACUCAAAUUACAUUAAUACACACUAACCUAAAUGUUAGCUUCACCAAGAAAAGUACCAUAACCACCAUCCAUAAGGUUUUUAGUAUAAUGGGUACAGAGUACAGACAUUGGUCAGAAUAAACAGUAAUUCAAGGUACAUAACCUCAACCAGUCUGGUCCUCUGUGUUGUUCUGCAGGUAGUGGUGGGAGACAAGGUGAUCCUGAACCCAGUGAAUGCAGGCCAGCCCCUACACGCCAGCAACUAUGAGCUCUCCGACCACACUGGAUGUAAAGAGGUAAUGGAGAGUUCUGUCACCAUAACCACACUGUCUGAUUCAUCCAUGGCAAACUCUCUGGAAGAGUGAGGCUUCUGACCGUCACUUCCGAUCUCACACACACACGCAAAACGGUUGUUACUGACAGCAAUGAAAAUAGCUGUAAUGUUUAAUCUCUCGUGGACAGAUCUACGCGUAUUGAGAUUUUAGCUCUGGGUUAACCGAGAUGAAUCUACUGCAGAUGCAGCAGGUGUGCCAUGCUGAAGCUGUGUGUGUGUGUGUGUCCCUCUGCAGGUGAACUCUGUGAACUGCAACACUAGCUGGAAGAUCAACCUGUUCAUGAUGUUCAGUGAUCAUAAGGAUGAAGUCUUGAAAGGAGUAAGUCUCCUGUAACGUCCGUGUGUGUGUAUACCAUCUAUCAACUUCUAUCACUGUGAUUGAUUCUUCAUCAUUUUCACACCCUAACACUGUCACGAAUAAUAGCAUUAGAACCUUUAAGCUUUAGAUGAAUGCAUCUCUUUCCUGGUGUGUCUGGUCAAGGGGGAUGUAGUGCGGUUGUUCCAUGCGGAGCAGGAGAAGUUCCUGACCUGUGAUGAGUACAAGGUCAAGCUGCAUGUGUUCCUCCGCACCACCCUGCGCCAGUCUGCUACCUCCGCCACCAGCUCCAAUGCCCUGUGGGAAGUGGAGGUUGGUACACACACACACCACAUUAUUGGCUUUGUUACGGUACAGUUUCAAUAUGCUCUGUUGUACAGUAGCUAAAUGGUUUCAGGAAUGAAUGAGGUUUGUUUUGAUGAUGUGAUUUGUUCCAAGGUGGUGCAUCAUGAUCCGUGUCGAGGAGGGGCUGGACACUGGAACACUCUGUAUCGUUUUAAACACCUUGCCACAGGGAACUACCUGGCAGCUGAGGUAAAACACGACUGCACUACUGGUUAUUGGACCAUGGCUUUACUGCACUACUGGUUAUUGGACCAUGGCUUUUGGUCAUUACACAGGCUGUACGGAUGUUGGGUCGUUUCAGUUCAUAGAGCACCCGUGUUGUCGUUGCUUUAGGAAAAUCCGGGUUACAAAGGUGACAGCGUUGAAAUCCAGACUUCGGUGAUUGAAGAAACGGUAAGCAUACUAUAUUAUGACUGUCUAGUGCUACUCAUGCCAGCGUGAUGCUGUCAUUCAUCCAGUUGAUAUGACAGUCAGUGUGCUAAACCCUGACCCUUGACCCUUGACCCCUGCCUUCUGUAGCUGGACAAUAGACGAAAACUGAAGAUGUUGGGUGAGAGGAUCAAGUACAAGCUGGCGGCUGUGUCUCAUGGGAAUGACAUAGCCUCCUUGUUUGAGCUAGACCCCACCACACUGCAGAAAACAGACUCCUUUGUGCCAAGGUACUAUACUGCAUCAACUCCAAUCCUCUUCAAGCCAUCUGCACAGACUGUACAAUAAAGUAAAGACUUACAGUAUGUUUCACUGGCUCUCUAUUGUAAACGUUCUUCCUCUCAGGAAUUCGUAUGUGCGCCUCAGACACCUAUGCACCAACACAUGGAUCCAGAGCACCAACGUGCCCAUAGAUCUAGAUGAGGAGAGACCUAUUAGGCUCAUGGUAAGUACAGCCUGUUGCACAGUCACUUGACUAACUUUGACACCGACUUCCUGUCAGACACAGACAGUCUUUCUGUUCCAUCCCGCUCUCAGCUGGGCACCUGUCCUACCAAGGAGGAUAAGGAGGCCUUUGCCAUCGUGUCAGUGCCAGUGAUGGAGAUCUGGGACCUGGACUUUGCCAACGAUGCCAGUUUUAUGUUGAGCACCGUAGUGGACAGGUUUAACGAGGGAUUUAUCAGCCCCAAUGACAGAAGGUAAAGUGUCUGCAGAAAAGGCUUAAAAUACAGUACCAGUCAAAAGUUUGGACACACCUACUCAUUCAAGGGUUUUUCUUUAUUUUUACUAUUUUCUACAUUGUGGAAUAAUAGUGAAGACAUAAAAACUAUGAAAUAGCACAUAAGGAAUCAUGUAGUAACCCAAAAAGUGUAAAACAAAUCAAAAUAUAUUUUAUAUUUGAGAUUCUUCAAAUAGCUACUCUUUGACUUGAUGACAGCUUUGCACACUCUUGGCAUUCUCUCAAUCAGCUUCACCUCGAAUGCUUUUCCAACAGUCUUGAAGGAGUUUCCACAUAUGCUGAGCAUUUGUUGGCUGCUUUUCCUUCACUGUGUGGGUCAUUGUCCUGUUGAAAAACAAAUGAUAGUCCCACUAAGCCCAAACCAGAUGGGAUGGCGUAUUGCUGCAGAAUGCUGUGGUAGCCAUGCUGGUUAAGUGUGCCUUGAAUUCUAAAUAAAUCACGGACAGUGUCACCAGCAAAGCACCCCCACACCAUAACACCUCCUCCUCCUCCAUGCUUUACGGUGGGAACUACACAUGCAGAGAUCAUCCGUUCACCCACACCGCGUCUCACAAAGACACGGCGGUUGGAACCAAAGGACACAUUUCCAUUGCUCGUGUUUCUUGGCCCAAGCAGGUCUCUUCUUCUUAUUGGUGUCUAGUAGUGGUUUCUUUGCAGCAAUUUGACCAUGAAGGCCUGAUUAACACAGUCCCCUCUGAACAGUUGAUGUUGAGAUGUGUCUGUGACUUGAACUCUGUGAAGCAUUUAUUUGGGCUGCAAUUUCUGAGGCUGGUAACUCUAAUGAACUUAUCCUCUGCAGCAGAGGUAACUCUGGGUCUUCCAUUCCUGUGGCGGUCCUCAUGAGAGCCAGUUUCAUCAUAGCGCUUUAUGGUUUUUGCGACUGCACUUGAAGAAACUUAAGAAGCUUAUUUGAGCUGUUCUUGCCAUAAUAUGGACUUGGUAAUUUACCAAAUAGGGCUAUCUUCUGUAUACCCCCCCUACCUUGUCACAACACAAGUGAUUGGCUCAAACGCAUUAAGAAGGAAAUAAAAUUCCACAAAUUAACUUUUAAGAAGGCACACCUGUUAAUUGAAAUGCAUUCCAGGUGACUACCUCAUGAAGCUGGUUGAGAGAAUGCCAAGAGUGUGCAAAGCUGUCAUCAAGGCAAAGGGUGGCUAUUUGAAGAAUCUCAAAUAUAAAAUAUAUUUUGGUUAAAAAAAAAUAAAAAAAUAAAAAACUUGAAUAAGUAGGUGUUUCCAAACUUUUGACUGGUAGUGUACAUCAAUGAAAUCAAACAACUUUUGCGAAAGAAAGCUUCUGGUCUGUUUGCUCUCCGUUCUACUUGAUUGAUGUCAGCAUUUUCAGAGCUGGCACCGUAACACAGUCACGAGGGUUAGUUCCCUAGCCCAGACCAACCGGGCCGGACCAGUAAGAGCUGUGUUUGUGUCCCGUCUUUGACACUGCAGGUUUGCCAUUAAGCUGCUGGAGGACCUGGUGUUCUUUGUGGUGGACAUGCCCAACAGCGGUCAGGUUGUGCUGGAUGUGGUGAUGACCAAGGUCAACCGAGAGAGACAGAAACUCAUGAGGGAACAAAACAUCCUCAAACAGGUCAGAAGAACCACUUUAAACAAGCCUAGUGUAAUGGCGCCUCCCUAAACAUCAGAUUGAUGAUGACAUAUAGGUUUAUCAUUUCUUGUCGUAAUUAUAUCCAUAUUGUCACGUUACCUUGAAUAUUCCUCUGUUCUUUUGUCCCGCUGAAGAUCUUUGGGAUCCUGAAGGCCCCGUUCAAGGAUAAAGGGGCAGAAGGCCCAUUGCUGCGAUUGGAGGAGCUGUCAGACCAGAAGAAUUCCCCCUACCAGUACAUGUUUCGUCUCUGUUACCGGCUGCUGCGACAUUCACAGGAGGACUACCGCAAGAACCAGGUACUGUACACCACAUUGACUCACAUUCUGUAACAGGGUAGAUUACCGUAAUUUUCUGACUAUAAGCCGCGCCUUUUUCCCCCAUUUUUCGACCCUGCGGCUUAUAUAACGGUGCGGCUAAUCUAUGGAUUUUUACAGCUAACGGCCACUAGAAGACCUCGUAAAUCUAUGGAUUUUACAGGUUACAGUCCACCAACUUUAACUCUAUGGGCUCUAUGACCGGUCCGCGCCCCCCACCUUUAAGCGGCAGGCUCCAGCAGGAAAAGCUGGAGGCCGGAAAAGAGUGAGACAGGUAGCGCGCAAAAGUAAAAGUGGAACCGAGAGUGGUACGAGAGACAGAACGAGAGCAAGACAGACAGACAUUACGAGAGCGAGACAGUUUGUCUCUUUCCCGACAAUCCCCUCUGUGCACGAACCCUUAAAUAUGGUAAUUAAACAUUAAAACACCUGCGGCUUAUAGUCCAGUGCGGUUUAUAUAUGUACACAUCAUUCAAUAUCAUUCAAUUUAGCUGCUGUGGCUUAUACUCCGGUGCACCUUAUAGUGCGGAAAAUACGGUACUUUUCCUGGCCCAAUAUAAAAUGAUUGAUACCUGGGCCUCCUUUGCUGCUAAAGCUAAAUGUAGAGCAACAGGCCACUUGGAGAUACACAAAAGUGACUUACACCACUAAAAAUCCCCACUCUUGCUUCCCCCCCCUCAGGAGCACAUAGCCAAGCAGUUUGGAUUGAUGCAGUCUCAGAUUGGCUAUGACAUCCUGGCUGAGGACACAAUCACUGCUCUGCUGCACAACAACCGCAAGCUGCUGGAGAAGCACAUCACCAAGACGGAGGUGGAGACCUUCGUUAGCCUGGUCCGCAAGAACAGGGAACCCAGGUGAGAAGAGCGAUUCUCCCCCCCCCCCCCCCUCAACUUGUGCAUUCAAAUAAUAUCCAUGUUUAUUCAAAACUGUUGUGGUGUAACUUAAACAUCGGCCUGUUUCCCCUCAGGUUUCUGGACUACCUGUCAGAUCUGUGUGUGUCCAAUAACGUAGCCAUUUCUGUAACUCAGGAGCUGAUCUGUAAGUGUGUGCUGGAUCCCAAGAACCAAGACAUUCUCAUCAAGACUGAGUGAGUGGUGCUCUUCUUUACACACAAACAAACAGUUGACAUGCGACGGCCUCUCUCUGUGUGUGUGUGUGUGUGUGUGUUUUCUUCUGGGUUGAGUGUUCAUGAUUUAAUGUCUAUGCCUGUGUUUGCCCAUGCAGACGGCGUGUGCCCAAAGAGAUGCCCCAUCCCACUGAAUACAUGGGCAUGGAGGAGUAUGCUGACGACGAUGAGGUGUGGCUGGUCUGGACUGACAAGACCAAUGAGAAGCAAGAGAAGGGCAUCAGACAGCUAGCCCAGGAGGCCAGACAGGGGAACGCUCAUGACGAGAACGUGCUCACAUACUAUAGGUAGAUUUAUUUAUAGUAUUUCACCUUUAUUUAUCCUGAAGGAGACUAACAGUACCCUUAUGCAGGGGCGAACUUUGGUAUAAGAAGUGGGGGGGACAUAACUUGGCGGGGGGUCUGGGUGUCCUCCCAUUGUUUUGGCUUAUUUUUCCUGCAUUUCUAUACAAUCUAAUAUGACCCAUGGCCCUUUUUAACGGUCUCUAUUUAGAACAACAAAAUGUAAGCAAAAAUGGCCACAGUCAUCAAGCUAGGUAAGAGAUCGUUAUUAAAUAUGUUUAAGUGAUUGCUAACACUGAACUAGAUCUAUGAUAGUUCAAUAAUCAAUGUUGUGUUGCACCUUUAACCAAUAGCCUAACAAAUGAACAACUCUUACAAAUAAAGGACAAAGACAACUUUUGGUUCACUUUAUUAAGACAUCCUCUAUAUCAAAUUUCAGCCAGACCACCCAGCCAGCCCGAGCCACCUGCACGCCCGACCCCCACCAGUCUAGUUAAUUACUCAACUCUCUCCCCGACCCCCACCAGUCUAGUUAAUUACUCAACUCUCUCCCCGACCCCCACCAGUCGAGUCAAUUACUCAACUCUCUCCCCGACCCCCACCAGUCUAGUCAAUUACUCAACUCUCUCCCCGACCCCCACCAGUCUAGUCAAUUACUCAACUCUCUCCCCGACCCCCACCAGUCUAGUCAAUUACUCAACUCUCUCCCCGACCCCCACCAGUCUAGUUAAUUACUCAACUCUCUCCCCGACCCCCACCAGUCUAGUCAAUUACUCAACUCUCUCCCCGACCCCCACCAGUCUAGUUAAUUACUCAACUCUCUCCCCGACCCCCACCAGUCUAGUCAAUUACUCAACUCUCUCCCCCGACCCCCACCAGUCUAGUCAAUUACUCAACUCUCUCCCCGACCCCCACCAGUCUAGUCAAUUACUCAACUCUCUCCCCGACCCCCACCAGUCUAGUUAAUUACUCAACUCUCUCCCCGACCCCCACCAGUCUAGUUAAUUACUCAACUCUCUCCCCGACCCCCACCAGUCUAGUCAAUUACUCAACUCUCUCCGCGACCCCCACCAGUCUAGUCAAUUACUCAACUCUCUCCCCGACCCCCACCAGUCUACAUUUUAGUCAUCUAGCAGACGCACUUAUCCAGAGCGACUUACAGUUUAGUGAGUGCAUAAAUGUUUCAUACUGGCCCCCCGUGGGAAUCGAACCCACAACCCUGGCGUUGCAAGCGCCAUGCUCUACCAAUUGAGCUACAGGAGGCCUAAGCUAGCUACAGUGUAGUCAACAACUCAACUCUCUCCCCAACACAACUUCCUUCCUGUCUUUUUUUUGUAUGUCUCAAGGGAAAGUUUAGGAAAACAAAAGUUUAAUACAAACACACAUACACCUACACAUUAACACACAGAAAAAGUACAUCCUCCAUAUAAUUAAUAUCAUAGGCCUAAUAGUACUGUAGAGGUCUUUUUACUUGCACACAAUACAGCUGGGUCGCCCCGUCCUGCCCAUAGGGGUCCACGGCCCUGCAGUGCCCCAACCCAACACACCCCACUCAGCUUUAUGAUCUUAGUGAAACAUUCAUUAUUGUUUUCAGGUGUGUUAGGCCAAGGCCAGAGUGACAACCAACAGUACGGCAGACCCCCAGGGCCAGGACUGAGCAGCCCAGCAGCUAGGGAUUGCCUAAAUCGGGAUCUCCCCUGACGUGGGCAUAUUUUCAAUGCAGACUCCUUUAGUCGUACUGUAUUCCAUAUAAGGCAUCUAGAAAUUAUGAUAGUUGCACAGUAUACCCUUCAUCUUGUAAUAAAUCAAAUCUAGUGAUACAUAACUUGACAUUUUCUUCCAUCCGUUGUGGGAGGAUAACCAACCUUCCAAUUAAUGGCAAUGCAUUUCUUAGCCGCUAUACAUUCUAGGUUACACAGUUUCUUCUGAUAACAGGCUCCAAGUAUCAACAUUUGCAAGCAAACAAAAACAGGGUGAAGGGAGAAUCUGUAGACAUGCUGAGAUAAAAUAACAUACUCUUUGCCAGAAUUCAGCCAGCCUUCACAAGAUCAUAACAUAUGCAAAUAUGUUCCCUUUUGUGUUUUACACCUCUAGCAGAAUAAUUACAUUUCUGAGUGCAUGAUAUUCAGUUUCACUGGCAUAUAGUACGUUCUAUGGAUGGUCUUAAACUGCAGUAAUUUGUGUCUGUUAUUAUAUGAACAUGACUGGGAAUUCUAACAUAUCUGUAUCCAUUCAUCAUCAUCAAUAGCGUCUCCAAGGUCUUCCUCACCUUUUUGUUUUACAUGUUUUGUGUCAUUGGGAAAAGCCUCUAUCAACCCUUGAACCAUUUGGAAAUCAACUUUAGAGGUUUGUCAGACUGCCUUAAAAAUAGUUUCAAUCUUGUUUACUGCACAAAGAGAAUAAAGUGUUGUAUCUGCAAAAGUUCAACUCUGCCACGUCACAGACUGGUCUUCCCUGGCUGCCUGAUGAGAACCCUGUCACCAUCUGAUUCUGCUCAGAUGAGGCAUGACAAAUAAUUACCUUGCUGUACAUUUAUACAAUAUAUUAUCCAAGAAUAGAAAUGGUUAAAUAAUUGAAAUGACCAUUAUUCCCAGAUCCCAGACUGUACCCAUCAACUUGAGAUGGAACUUUUGUAUCCAGUCACUGAUUGUUAUAAUAUACCCUCCUGAGUGGCGCAGUGGUCUAAGGCACUGCAUCGCAGUGCUAACUGUGCCACUAGAGAUCCUGGUUCGAAUCCAGGCUCUGUCGCAGCCGGCCGCGACCGGGAGACUCAUGGGUGGCGCACAAUUGGCCCAGCGUCGUCCAGGGUAGGGGAGGGAAUGGCCGGCAGGGAUGUAGCUCAGUUGAUAGAGCAUGGCGUUUGCAACGCCAGGGUUGUGGGUUCAAUUCCCACGGGGGGCCAGUAUAUAUAAAAAAAUAUGUAUUCACUAACUGUAAGUCGCUCUGGAUAAGAGCGUCUGCUAAAUGACUAAAAUGUAAAUGUAAAUGAUAUACUGCAAAAUUCACCUGAGCUCCGUAGACUGGUCUUCCCUGGCUGUCUGACCCUGCAGGUAGACCUGUCACCAUCUGAUCCUGCUAAGACAUGAUGAGCAUAGUGUUGUGUACUGACUGUGCACCAUGACAGUGAAGCAUGUAGAGCUGUUUAUUCCGUGUCAGUGUGAAAAUGAGGGAAUUAGCUAGGGAAACUGACAGAUCAAUGACGUUACAUUGCUAUACUGACUAAUAAUAACUCACAUUGCGCUGAAAAAACAAAUAUAAUGUCGGUUUUCAAUCGUUUUUCCUCUGGUUUCAUCAUUUGAUUCAGGUUUAGUGUGAUUGAGACAACAAUAAUAGCUAAAGUUAGUGAGCUAGCUAGUGUUAUCCAACUUUGGCUAGCUCUAGCUAAUGGUACGUCAUCACAUUUACUUCUACUGAAAUGGGACAAAACUAAGGCUAUAAAACAUUUCCAUACACACAAGAAAAGUUGUUAGAUACUGCUACCUGACAUAGUUAGAGGCUAGCUAGAGCUGAACUGACUGUGGUAGCUACUAGCUAGCUAACUAGCUGCUAGUAGUUCAUUCACUUCAGUCGAGAGUGGAUGAAACAAUGUAUGCACUCACUAACUGUAAGUCGCUCUGGAUAAGAGCGUCUGCUAAAUGACUAAAAUGUAAAAAAAUGAAACAUUAGCGAACAUAUAACAGUCACACUACUAGCUCAGCAUUGGGAAUAAAUAUUUUUUUCUGUCAAAACAGCAGUUACCUUGCCAGCUAGAUCAGUUAACUAAAGAGUAGCCAGUUUCUGCUCUGCUUGCUUUUGAACAACUCAUUGAAAAAGCGCAACACAGACAGCAGCUGCCUCUGUUCAUCUUUCCCAUGCUGGUCCUAUCAGAAGCUUUGCCUUCACACAACCUAACUGACCGCUCUGAGGCAUCAGCAUGGUCCUAAAGCACACCGUGCCGUGUGUUUGUAUCACCCCCCCCAUCCAGUGAAAGUUGCACCCCUGCCGUUAUGAUUUCCUAGAUAUGGGAAUGUACUGUUACUAAAGGUAAUGUAAACAGGGAAUCUUUUGAAAAGGAAAUUGUACUAAUCUGAAGUAUUUCAACCCUGUGACCUACUUUGAAGUCUUGUGUAUGCUUCAUUCUCAAACCUUCCCCUUUGUCCCUGCAGGUACCAGCUGAAGCUGUAUGCACGGAUAUGUCUGGACCGCCAGUACCUGGCCAUAGAUGAGAUCUCUAAGCAGCUGGAUGUGGAGCUCAUCUUCCUGUGUAUGAUGGACGAGACGCUGCCCUUUGACCUCAGAGCCUCCUUCUGCCGACUCAUGCUGCACACACACGUCGACCGAGACCCUCAGGAGCUGGUGACCCCCGUCAAGUUUGCACGUCUCUGGACAGAGAUCCCAACCUCCAUCUCAAUUAAAGAGUUAGACUUCGAAAUUUUUUCCCAGAUCAAUGUUUUGUGCAUAGUGUCAUUGCAUUGUUAACAUUGAGGUACAGUGCAACUAAGGGCGUUUAUUUCUAUGUUUUUUACCUCUUCCCUUGCUUAGUUAUGAUUCCAACAUGGAUGACUUGCGGGACAAUAAGAAGAACAAGUUUGCCAACACCAUGGUGUUCAUGGAGGAGUACCUCAACGUCGUCCUCAAUGAAGACCUGCCUUUCGCUGACGAGGAGAAGAACAAGCUGACCUAUGAGGUGUCAAUUCACACCUCAUUCCUAUUCUCAUUAACAAUACUGUGAAUACUUCAAAAACACCUAUAUUUGGUCAUGGAAAAUUACUCUCUGGCUCUCUACCACUUUAGAAUGAUAACUGCUAGAAUGAUAACUGCUAGAAUGAUAACUGCUAGAAUGAUAACUGCUAGAAUGUUUUGUGCCCUCAGGUGGUGAGCCUGGCCAGACACCUCAUCUACUUCGGUUUCUACAGUUUAUUUGAGCUGCUGAGGUUGACACGCACACUUCUGGGAAUCAUCGACUGUAUCCCCAAACCUUCACUGGUCAACCCCAUGCUCCAGGACGAUGGCAGUGGUAAGAUAAUGAGAAACACCUGUUCUCUGCAUUUAACAGUAUUACGGGAGAACUACGACACAGUGUCAUUUUUAUCAAACAAAUUGGUACAAAUGACGUUCAUAUUCGGGUUUCCUCAUGGUUUUCACCAUCUCCGUAAUAAUGAUGUGAUGAAGUAGAGUUUCAGGUUCUUUACAUAUCCCAUUCUCCAUUUUAGGAAAGAACAUGAAGCGUUCCAUCCAUGGCGUGGGUCACAUGAUGUCCACAAUGGUACUGAGCAGGAAACAGUCCAUGUUUGGAGGUCCAGGGAGGAGUGCUUCCAUUAUAGAAGGACCGAACCGCAGCAAGGACAGCAUCGACAAACAGGAUAUCACAGUCAUGGACACCAAGCUGAAAAUACUGGAAAUAAUGCAGGUUCGAUAAACCUACUGGAAACUACGACAUCUUCUCAUGACAAUUAACACAGAGAUGUGGCAUAGGGUUGGGUUUAUGCUCGUAAUGGAAAACAAGUCAUAGCCCUUCAUGUAUCCCUUUUAUACUAAGCGCUGUUCUUUAUCUCUUGUUGAUCUUCAGUUUAUCCUGAAUGUCCGCCUGGACUAUCGGCUCUCCUUCCUGCUGUCUGUCUUCAAGAAGGAGUUUGUUGAUGUUUAUCCCAUGGCAGAGGCCGAUGCUACAACAUCAAUGGAGCAAGCAGGUAGUGCAGUGAGGGACCCAUCGCUCUCCACUAACCAGGCCUUAUACAGUAUUCCUCUUUGAAUAGCUUCUCUCCACCUCAAUACAUAACAUUCUUAACUCUGUCUUUCAACAGCCACCAUCAACCUGCAGCACAUAGGAGAUCAAGCAGAGGCCAUGUUUGGCGUGGGGUAGGUUCACUACUAUAUAUAGCGGCAGGUAGCUUAGUGGUUAAGAGUGUUGUGCCAGUAACCGAAAGGUCGCUGGUUCUAAUCCCCGAGCUGACUAGGUGAAAAAUCUGUCGAUGUGCAAGGCACUUAACCCUAAUUGCUCCUGUAAGUCGCUCUGGAUAAGAGCGUCUGCUAAAUGACUAAAAUGUCAAUGUAAAAAUAUAGUAAUAAUAAUAUAUGCCAUUUAGCAGACGCUUUUAUUCAAAGCGACUUACGUUCAUGCGUGCAUACAUUUUACGUAUGGGCGGUCCCGGGAAUUGAACCCACUAUCCUGGCAUUGCAAGAGCCAUACUCUACCAACUGAGCUACAGAGGAGCACAUACUAACCCGUGACUGUGUCCUCCUGUCAGGAAGGGGAACAGGAUACUAACCUGUGACUGUGUCCUCCUGUCAGGAAGGGGAACAGCAUACUAGAGGUAGAUGAUGAGGGAGGUUGUAUGUUCCUGAGGGUGUUGAUCCACCUCACCAUGCAUGAGUACCCUCCCCUGGUGUCUGGGGCGCUCCAGUUGCUCUUCAAACACUUCAGCCAGAGACAGGAGGUCCUGCACACCUUUAAACAGGUAAGGAGAUACAUUCUGAAAUCACUGAAGGCAAACAAAGGGGCGGCCAAUAAUGACCUGCACUCCAAUAUAAAGUUGGUACAGUAUCUGCCAGUACUCUCUCUAUUACUAACCCUAAUUGCUCCUGUAAGUCGCUCUGGAUAAGAGCGUCUGCUAAAUGACUAAAAAUGUAAAAAAUGUAAAUAUUACUGUCUCUUUGUUAUACAGCUUUGUUAUAUAUGCUCUCUCUUUCUCUCAGGUCCAGUUGCUGAUCUCGGGUCAGGAUGUUGAUAACUACAAGCUGAUAAAGAGUGACCUUGACUGUCUCCGCACCAUGGUGGAGAAGUCUGAGCUCUGGGUGAACAAGAAGAGCGGCUCUGGAGGAGCGGAGGGGAAGAAAGACGAGGACAAAAAUGAAAAAGUAGAGGUGAGGGCUUUAGGUUGAAGGAACUCCAUUAUUACCAGUGUAGUAACUACACCAUGCUAACAGUACUUCUGAUUUCCUUUUAGAUGGACUUAGAGGAUGUGACCCUGAAGAAAGAGAUGUCGGAUAAGAGCAAUGAAAACUACCAGAAGGUCAAAGAGGUGUGUUUCUUUUCCAUUGGAACUGUCACGUUUUCCUUCACACUGGCUAGCAUGUCCCAUUGUAGUGUUGGGCUGUAUUUUUGAAGACAUUCUGUUUUCCCCCAGAUCAUGGAGCGUCUGAAUAAGAUGUGCAGCACGGGGGUGUGGAAGAAGCAGCAGAGACUCCUGAAAAACAUGGGAGCCCACAAAGUGAUGCUCGACCUGCUGCAGGUGUCACACGAUCAGGUGAGGGAUGUACGUGAACGGUGUCUUACCCCCACUCUGACAACCAAACACAUAGUCCAAUACUAACAUAUCUACUAAAACCACCCAAAAUAACAUGACUUCUGUCUCUCUCUCACACACCUUCCUGGGUUUCAGCAUGACACCAAAAUGCAAGGGAUCAUCAGGUGCACUCACCUGUUCCUGCAUAAGUUCUGCAUGGGGAACCCGGAGAACCAGGUGCUGCUUCAUAAGAACCUCAGCCUCUUCCUGAACCCAGGAAGUGAGUGAAUUCACACACCUUGUUGUUUUCUACUUUAUUCAUCCUGUUCUCAUCAGACAUAAUAAUGACCCUUCUCCACCCUUUCCCUCUCCCCCUCCCCUUUCCCCCUCUCACCCCUCCCCUUUCCCCUCUUCUCCCCCCCUCCCCUUCCCCGCGUCCCCCCCCUUUCCCCUCUCUCCCCCCCCCCUUUCCCCUCCCUUUCCCCCCUCCCCCUUUCCCCUCUCUCUCCCCUCCCCCUUUCCCCUCUCCCCCUCCCCUCCCCUCUCCCCUCUCCCCUUUCCCCCUCCCCCCCCCUUUCCCUCUCUCCUCUCCCCUCCCCUCUUCCCCUCCCCUUUCCCCUCUCUCCCUCCCCUUUCCCCUCUCUUUCCCUCUCUCUCUCCCCCUCCCUUUCCCCUCUCUUCGCCUCCGCUCCCCUUCCCCCCCUCUCCCCCGUCCCCUUUCCCCUCUCUCCCGCCUUUCCCCCUCCUUUUCCCCUCCUCACCUUCCCCUCUCUCCCCCUCCCCUUUCCCCUCUCUCCCCCUCCCCUUUCCCCUCUCUCUCCCUCCCCUUUCCCCUCUCUCUCCCCUCCCCUCUUCUCUACCCCCCUUCCCCCCCCUCCCUUUCCCCUCUCUCUCCCUCCCCUUUCCCCUCUCUCUCCCUCCCCUUUCCCCUCUCUCUCGUCUUCCCUUUCCCUCCCCGCCCUCCCCCUCUCUCCCUCUCCCCUCUCUCUCCCCUCCCCUUUUCCCUCUCUCCCCCUCCCUCCCCUCUCUCCCCCUCCCUUUCCCCUCCUCUCUCCCCCUCCCCUUCGCCCUCUCCCAUCCCCUCCUCUUCCCCCUCCCCUUUCCUCUCUCUCGCCUCCCCUUUCCCCUCUCCCUCCCCCCCCCUUUCCUCGUCUCCCCCUCCCCUUUCCCCUUCCCCCUCUCCCCCCUCUCCCCUCUUUCCCCUCUCCCCCUUCCCCUUUCCCCCCUCUCUCCUCCCUCCCCUCCCCUUUCCCCGAUUCCCCCAGUGUAACCUUUCCCCUCUACUCCCCUUUCCCCUUCUCCCCCCUUUCCCCUCUCUCUCCUCAGCUCAUAGAGGCUGAGACGGUGCAGCACAUCUUCAGUAAUAACUACCAGCUGUGUGCAGAGAUCAGUGAGCACGUGCUGCAGCACUUCAUCCACUGCCUGGCCACUCACGGACGCCACGUCCAGUACCUCAACUUCCUGCACACCAUCAUCAAGGCCGAGGGGAAGUAUGUGAAGAAGUGUCAGGACAUGAUCAUGACUGAGGUAAGGGAACCUCCCCCACAACCUGCUUUUAACCCUGCCCUUUUCAUUGGUAUGGAAUCAACCUCUGAAAGUUGUAAAUAAUGCUGCAGUUUUUCAAUGUUUAUCUAGUCUAGUCUGUUUUACAAUCCAAAGUUUGUGUGAAACCCUGCUAAAAUAACAGAUGAACCACCUCCCAGCCAUUGACAAGCCGCAUUAAUCAUAUCAGCAAUGUCUCCCCUCUAGUUAACCAACGCCGGUGAGGAUGUGGUGGUGUUUUAUAACGACAAGGCGUCGUUCUUCACCAUGCUGGAGCUGAUGGCAGAGUCCAGGGAGGGGAUUCAAGAGCACAGCCCCUUGCGCUACCACAUCUCUCUGGUGGAGCUGCUGGCUGCCUGCGCUGAGGGCAAAAACGUCUACACGGAGAUCAAAUGUACCUCGCUGCUGCCCCUAGAGGACGCGGUGAGAGUGGUCACACACGAGGACUGUAUCACAGAGGUACGUCUGAAAUGGAACAGGCAUAUCAUUAGUUAGUUAGUACCCUACAUCGUCCUCAUUUAGAAAAACCACAGCAGCGUGCAAUGAUCUGCAGACAUACAACUGCAAAGAUAAUGUUAACAUUAUCAUUCCAAAAUGUAUAGACCCCUGACCCAGCUGUGUGCGUGUGCGUGCGUUCCUCAGGUGAAGGUUGCCUAUGUGAACUUUGUGAACCACUGCUACGUAGACACAGAGGUAGAAAUGAAGGAGAUUUACACCAGCAACCACAUCUGGAAACUGUUUGAGGACUUCAUCGUGGACAUGGCCAGGGUAAGUCUCACUCCCCAAUCAAUGGGACCACUCUCACCCACAAGUGGGCGGCAGGUAGCCUAGUGGUUAAGAGCGUUGUGCCAGUAACCGAAAGGUCGCUGGUUCUAAUCCCCGAGCCGACUAGGUGAAAAAUCUGUCGAUGUGCCCUUGAGCAAGGCACUUAACCCUAAUUGCUCCUGUAAGUCGCUCUGGAUAAGCGUCUGCUAAAUGACUAAAAUGUAAUGUAAAUGUAAGUCUCAUCCUCGCUGUGUUUUGCGCAAUCAUAUGACAUAGCACGAUUUUAUCCUGUAUUUUAAGCCUUAUCCAGAAAUGAGAAUUAGACCAAACAUGAAAGCGAUUAUCUGAGGAUGGUGCUGGUCCAUCUAACAUGAAAAUAAAAGUUUGAUGAAAAAGCUUUCAAUAAAAGGUUGAAAUCCAGGCAUGUCACAUGAUUGUGCAACACAGAGGGCCCUACCAGGGUCAUACUGCCUGAUGUGACCCGUGGGUCUUUGGGUAAAGUGACCCCGGCCUUUCAUCUACAGUUCUUGUCCUCUCUAAUCUCUCUUCCCUCUCUAGGUGUGUAACAAGAGAGAGAAGCAUCUGACUGACCCUAUCCUGGAGAAGUACAUCAUCAACGUGGUGUUUGACACCAUCAAUGCCUUCUUCAGCUCCCCCUUCUCUGAAAACAGCACCUCUCUACAGGUCAGUCAGCUCAGUCUCUGAAAACAGCACCUCUCUACAGGUCAGUCAGCUCAGUCUCUGAAAACAGCACCUCUCUACAGGUCAGUCAGCUCAGUCUCUGAAAACAGCACCUCUCUACAGGUCAGUCAGCUCAGUCUCUGAAAACAGCACCUCUCUACAGGUCAGUCAGCUCAGUCUCUGAAAACAGCACCUCUCUACAGGUCAGUCAGCUCAGUCUCUGAAAACAGCACCUCUCUACAGGUCAGUCAGCUCAGUCUCUGAAAACAGCACCUCUCUACAGGUCAGUCAGCUCAGUCUCUGAAAACAGCACCUCUCUACAGGUCAGUCAGCUCAGUCUCUGAAAACAGCACCUCUCUACAGGUCAGUCAGCUCAGUCUCUGAAAACAGCACCUCUCUACAGGUCAGUCAGCUCAGUCUCUGAAAACAGCACCUCUCUACAGGUCAGUCAGCUCAGUGACGCUGCCUACCCAGAGGCUUUGUCAUGCUAUAACGUUUACUGUAUUACACUGUUUUAGUAGAGCACGUGUAUUUUCUUUUGUAUUGUCUUAACAGUAUUUGUGUAGUCGUGAUGUGUAAUGAAUUCUCAUCCUGUGAUUCUCCUUCCUCUGUGCCUGUAAACAGACCCACCACACCACAGUGACGCAGCUGCUCCAGUCGAGCAUGCGUCUGCUGGACUGUCCCUGGCUGCAGCAGCAACACAGAGGCCUGGUGGAGACCUGCAUCCGCACCCUGGCCAUGACAGGUGAGACGGACCUACUGCAGGGCCCAGAGGCGGGCUACAUUCAGGGGCAUACUGGGCCUAGACACGCAGGGUCAAAUUGAGGUCACAUUCCUUUCAUCUUCUUUGUAAAUGUUACUUAAGAUUGUUCUACAUUUGUUUGAGUGCGAGUACCUUUUUGAACUCAGUGAUUACUUUCUCCAAUCUUAUGUGUGCAGCGAAGAACCGCUCCAUCUCCCUGCCCCUGGAGCUGGAGUCUCAGAUCACCACCAUGCUGAGCAGCAGUGCCACCAACUCUCUGUCCCGCUCCAACCCCAACUACAAGAGCUCCACCCGCUCCAGCCGCCCCCCCAACAACCCCUGGGACUACAAGAACAUCAUUGAGAAGCUGCAGGUUGGACCCAUAAUCCACCCUGCUCCCAUUCCCCUCCUGUAUCCAUCACUUUAUUCAGCCAUAGCCACAACAGAAUGAGAAAUGACACAUUUCCUUGGCCUCUGUCGCUCUGGUUUGUUUCCUGUUCUUGAGGGUUUGGUGUUUGACAGCGUGGAUAUAACCCUGUCCCUUCUGUCGGUUUGUCUGUGAUGUAAACAUUGUUCCUCUACACUGAUGUUAUCUUUUAUCUACUUCAUUUUUUGUUUAACUAAAGUGUGUUGCGAUGUUUAAUGCACCUUUUUAAAUAAAGCUAGAUUUGAUUUAUGUUCAGGACAUCAUCAGCACUCUAGAGCAGCGUCUGAAACCGCUGGUGAACGCUGAGCUGUCUGUUCUGGUGGACGUCCUGCAGCAGCCUGAACUCCUCUUCCUGGAGGGAACGGACGCACGGCAAUGCUGCGAAUCAGGAGGCUUCAUCUCAAAGUAAGCCAAGGGACUGACCUUGUGGCUGGGGGGGGGGGGUACAAAUAUUUACGAAUGCUAAGUUAAAGAAGGAGCAUUCCAGGAAUAGUUUUAGUUGGAGGAGGUCUAACACUGUGUACGUGUGAAUCCCAGACUGAUUCAGCACACUAAAGCCCUGAUGAACUCUGAGGAGAAGCUCUGUAUCAAGGUUCUGAGGACGCUGCAGGAGAUGCUCAUACGUACACUGGACUUUGACGAGAAGGUAAAGACUUAUGACCAGUCAGUGUAGGUCUUGUAGAUUAACCAAUAUAAUAUCUGCGUGUAUUUAAUAAAGGUUUUAUGAAGGUGCGUAUUGAGGUCCUAUUUGGGUAAGAAACUAUCCAGUGUGUGUAGGGUGCUAACCAUGUCUGUGUGUGGCUGAAUUUCUCAUCAAUAAGGGGAUUGCACUGAGGAAGGUGUUGCUACAAAACUACCUGUUCACUAACAACAACAACAACAACAACAACAAGGCAGAUUUGGUUGAACUUGGAGCAACAGGUUUGUUUAUAUUAGGCUUAGAACGAGAUUAUUACGGAUUGUGUUCCUAUUUACAGUGUGUUAAUGUGUAUGUCUACAGUCGUGGUCAAACGUUUUGAGAAUGACACAAGUAUUGGUCUUCACAAAGUUUGCUGCUUCAGUGUUAUGAGAUAUUUUUGUCAGAUGUUACUAUGGUAUACUGAAGUAUAAUUACAAGCAUUCCAUAAGUGUCAAAGGCUUUUAUUGACAAUUACAUUACGUUUAUGCAAAGAGUCAAUAUUUGCAGUGUUGACCCUUCUUUUUCAAGACCUCUGCAUUCCGCCGUGGCAUGCUGUCAAUUAACUUCUGGGCCACAUCCUGACUGAUGGCAGCCCAUUCUUGCAUAAUCAAUGCUUGGAGUUUGUCAGAAUUUGUGGGUUUUUGUUUGUCCACCCGCCUCUUGAGGAUCGACCACAAGUUCUCAAUGGGAUUAAGGUCUGGGGAGUUUCCUGGCCAUGGACCCAAAAUGUCUAUGUUUUGUUCCCCGAGCCACUUAGUUAUCACUUUUGCCUUAUGGCAAGGUGCUCCAUCAUGCUGGAAAAGGCAUUGGUCGUCACCAAACUGUUCUUGGAUGGUUGGGAGAAGUUGCUCUCAGAGGAUGUGUUGGUACCAUUCUUUAUUCAUGGCUGUGUUCUUAGGCAAAGUUGUGAGUGAGCCCACUCCCUUGGCUGAGAAGCAACCCCACACAUGAAUGGUCUCAGGAUGCUUUACUGUUGGCAUGACACAGGACUGAUGGUAGCGCUCACCUUUUCCGGACAAGGUGUUUUCCGGAUGCCCCAAACAAUCGGAAAGGGGAUUCAUCAGAGAAAAUGACUUUACCCCAGUCCUCAGCAGUCCAAUCCAUGUACCUUUUGCAGAAUAUCAGUCUGUCCCUGAUGUUUUUCCUGGAGAGAAGUGGCUUCCUCGCUGCCCUUCUUGACACCAGGCCAUCCUCCAAAAGUCUUUGCCUCACUGUGCGUGCAGAUGCACUCACACCUGCCUGCUGCCAUUCCUGAGCAAGCUCUGCACUGGUGGUGCCCCGAUCCCGCAGCUGAAUCAACUUUAGGAGACGGUCCUGGCGCUUGCUGGACUUUCUUGGGCGCCCUGACGCCUUCUUCACAACAAUUGAACCUCUCUCCUUGAAGUUCUUGAUGAUCCGAUAAAUGGUUGAUUUAGGUGCAAUCCUACUAGCAGCAAUAUCCUUGCCUGUGAAGCCCUUUUUGUGCAAAGCAAUGAUGACGGCACGUGUUUCCUGGCAGGUAACCAUGGUUAACAGAGGAAGAACAAUGAUUUCAAGCACCACCCUCCUUUUAAAGCUUCCAGUCUGUUAUUCUGACUCAAUCAGCAUGACAGAGUGAUCUCCAGCUUUGUCCUCAUCAACACUCUCACCUGUGUUAACGAGAGAAUCACUGACAUGAUGUCAGCUGGUCCUUUUGUGGCAGGGCUGAAAUGCAGUGGAAAUGUUUUUGGGCGAUUAAGUUCAUUUUCAUGGCAAAGAGGGACUUUGCAAUUAAUUGCAAUUCAUCUGAUCACUCUUCAUAACAUUCUUGAGUAUAUGCAAAUUAUCAUCAUCAAAACUGAGGCAACAGACUUUGUGAAAAUUAAUGUGUCAUUCUCAAAACUUUUGACCACGACUGUAUACUGAUUGUGUUUCUAUUUACAGUGUGUUCAUGUGUACAGUGGGGGGAAAAAAGUAUUUAGUCAGCCACCAAUUGUGCAAGUUCUCCCACUUAAAAAGAUGAGAGAGGCCUGUAAUUUUCAUCAUAGGUACACGUCAACUAUGACAGACAAAUUGAGAAAAAUGUUUUCCAGAAAAUCACAUUGUAGGAUUUUUAAUGAAUUUAUUUGCAAAUUAUGGUGGAAAAUAAGUAUUUGGUCACCUACAAACAAGCAAGAUUUCUGGCUCUCACAGACCUGUAACUUCUUCUUUAAGAGGCUCCUCUGUCCUCCACUCGUUACCUGUAUUAAUGGCACCUGUUUGAACUUGUUAUCAGUAUAAAAGACACCUGUCCACAACCUCAAACAGUCACACUCCAAACUCCACUAUGGCCAAGACCAAAGAGCUGUCAAAGGACACCAGAAACAAAAUUGUAGACCUGCACCAGGCUGGGAAGACUGAAUCUGCAAUAGGUAAGCAGCUUGGUUUGAAGAAAUCAACUGUGGGAGCAAUUAUUAGGAAAUGGAAGACAUACAAGACCACUGAUAAUCUCCCUCGAUCUGGGGCUCCACGCAAGAUCUCACCCCGUGGGGUCAAAAUGAUCACAAGAACGGUGAGCAAAAAUCCCAGAACCACACGGGGGGACCUAGUGAAUGACCUGCAGAGAGCUGGGACCAAAGUAACAAAGCCUACCAUCAGUAACACACUACGCCGCCAGGGACUCAAAUCCUGCAGUGCCAGAUGUGUCCCCCUGCUUAAGCCAGUACAUGUCCAGGCCCGUCUGAAGUUUGCUAGAGUGCAUUUGGAUGAUCCAGAAGAGGAUUGGGAGAAUGUCAUAUGGUCAGAUGAAACCAAAAUAUAACUUUUUGGUAAAAACUCAACUCGUCGUGUUUGGAGGACAAAGAAUGCUGAGUUGCAUCCAAAGGGACCAGGACGACUGAUCCGUGUAAAGGAAAGAAUGAAUGGGGCCAUGUAUCGUGAGAUUUUGAGUGAAAACCUCCUUCCAUCAGCAAGGGCAUUGAAGAUGAAACGUGGCUGGGUCUUUCAGCAUGACAAUGAUCUCAAACACACCGCCCGGGCAACGAAGGAGUGGCUUCGUAAGAAGCAUUUCAAGGUCCUGGAGUGGCCUAGCCAGUCUCCAGAUCUCAACCCCAUAGAAAAUCUUUGGAGGGAGUUGAAAGUCUGUGUUGCCCAGCGACAGCCCCAAAACAUCACUGCUCUAGAGGAGAUCUGCAUGGAGGAAUGGGCCAAAAUACCAGCAACAGUGUGUGAAAACCUUGUGAAGACUUACAGAAAACGUUUGACCUGUGUCAUUACCAACAAAGGGUAUAUAACAAAGUAUUGAGAAACUUUUGUUAUUGACCAAAUACUUAUUUUCCACCAUAAUUUGCAAAUAAAUUCAUAAAAAAUCCUACAAUGUGAUUUUCUGGAUUUUUGUUUCUCAUUUUGUCUGUCAUAGUUGACGUGUACCUAUGAUGAAAAUUACAGGCCUCUCUCAUCUUUUUAAGUGGGAGAACUUACACAAUUGGUGGCUGACUAAAUACUUUUUUUCCCCACUGUAUGUCUAUACUGAUUGUGUUCCUAUUUACAGUGUUUUAUUGUAUUCAUGUGUAUGUCUACGGAAUGUGUUCCUACUUAGUGUUUUAAUGUAUUCAUGUCUAGGUGCUGAGCAGGAGAGGGACUGGGCGGCUGUAGCUGCUAUUCAGUGUCGUCUGGACAGGGAAGGUGGGACAAAGCUCUUCACUGACCUCAUAAUGAGUACCAAGAACAACAAGAUCUUCCAGGAGAGCAUCCAGCUGGCCAUAUGUCUGCUGGAGGGGGGCAACACGGAGAUACAGGUAGGAUAUAACACAGGAGAGCACCCAGCUGGCAAUAUGUCUGCUGGAGGGGGGGCAACACGGAGAUACAGGUAGGAUAUAACACAGGAGAGCAUCCAGCUGGCCAUAUGUCUGCUGGAGGGGGGGCAACACAGAGAUACAGGUAGGAUAUAACACAGGAGAGCAUCCAGCUGGCCAUAUGUCUGCUGGAGGGGGGGCAACACAGAGAUACAGGUAGGAUAUAACACAGGAGAGCACCCAGCUGGCCAUAUGUCUGCUGGAGGGGGGGCAACACGGAGAUACAGGUAGGAUAUAACACAGGAGAGCAUCCAGCUGGCCAUAUGUCUACUGGAGGGGGGCAACACAGAGAUACAGGUAGGAUAUAACACAGGAGAGCAUCCAGCUGGCCAUAUGUCUGCUGGAGGGGGGGCAACACACUGAUCCUCAUUCUUUCUGUGGAUUUACUUCAGAACUCCUUCUACAAGCUGAUGAUGGGGGACAACAAGUCAGAGAAGUUCUUCAAGGUUCUCUACGACCUGAUGAGAAACGCCCAGAUGGACAUUAAGGCCAACGUAUCAGUCAGUGUAGGAGAGAUGACUAACAAAGCCAAUGACAACGAAGCCCUCCAGACUGGUGAGAGGGACACUACUCUGAUCUCAUUUAGUCUGUAGUGACUGUAGUGAUUAUGAAAUAAUUAUGGUAAUUUGCUGAAAAAACAAUGACUGUGUGUCAAUGACUACAUAUUGUACGUAAGUCUAUAUGGUAUGGAUAUAUUGUUGGUGUUUUUAAACUAUCAUUUCACUUUAUUCAUGGUUCCCUUCCUGCUAUGUGUCCUGCCAGGCUCUGGUGGGUCGGUUCCACCCAGCUCCGUUGUCCCUGUCCCGGCCUCUGAGUCUGAGCAGCAGGAGACAGAGAUGGGCCCUGCAGUUAUCAUCAUGAAACCCAUCCUACGCUUCCUCCAGCUGCUCUGUGAGAACCACAACCAGGACCUACAGGUGGGUGAGAGGCAGAACAAGUACCACUGAUUCAGCUGAAACGGCUACUACUGCUGCUACUACUGCUACUACUACUGCUACUACUACUGCUACUACUACUACUACUACUACUACUACUACCACUGCUGCUGCUACUACUACUACUACUACUACUACCACUGCUGCUGCUACUACUACUACCACUGCUGCUGCUACUGCUGCUACUACUACUACUACUACUACUACUACUACUACUACUACUGCUACCACUGCUGCUACUACUACUACCACUGCUACUACUACUACUGCUACCACUGCUGCUACUACUACUACUACCACCACUACCACUGCUGCUGCUUCUGCUACUACUACUACUACUACUACUACUGCUACCACUGCUGCUACUACUACUACCACUGCUACUACUACUACUACUACUACUGCUGCUGCUACUACUACUACUACUACCACCACUACCACUGCUGCUGCUUCUGCUUCUGCUACUACUGCUACUACUGCUGCUGCUACUACUACUGAUACUGCCAUUUACUCUCUGCUGAGGUCUAAACAGACAGACGUCUUUAUACAGAACUCACCUAUGAGGUAGCUACUAGCUACGGGUGAUGAAGCUGAAAAUGUUCUGUUUAACCCAGCGACCCUAGAUGACUUCCCUUUCCCUCCCAGAACUUCCUGCGCUGCCAGAACAACAAGACCAACUACAACCUGGUGUGUGAGACGCUGCAGUUUCUGGACAUCAUGUGUGGCAGCACCACGGGAGGCCUGGGCCUGCUGGGCCUCUACAUCAACGAGAGCAACGUGGGCCUCAUCACCCAGACCCUGGAGACGCUCACAGAGUACUGCCAGGGCCCCUGCCACGAGAACCAGGUCAGAUAAAUCGCACACAGUGCUACGGAAAUGAUUACUUCAGACAGAUACUUUGAUAAUAUUGCCAGAAAUUAGGUUUAUUAAAAGUUCUGUGAGUUUGAAGACAUAACACAGAUACUUUGUCAUGUUGUGAUAAUAACUGUGUUUCUGUAGACCUGUAUAGUGACCCAUGAGUCCAACGGCAUCGACAUCAUCACAGCCCUCAUACUGAACGACAUCAGUCCUCUGUGUUGUUACCGCAUGGAGAUGGUGCUGAAGCUCAAGGUUAACUUCCUGUUGUUCUGCUUUAUAAAUACAGAUCUGUGUGUCCUAACUCCUCUGUGUCCUACCUCUGAAAUUACAUGGUCAGUGACGGUAUUGUCUCUCCUGUUUCCAGGACAACGCCUCCAAGCUGCUGCUGGCUCUGAUGGAGAGUCGCCAUGACAGCGAGAACGCAGAGAGGAUACUGUUUAACCUCCGACCUCAGGAACUGGUCAGAGCAAAGCAAAGACCGAUCUCUAUUUCUUCUUCUCCCUCUAUUCUAGCUCCUCAUUCUUCUUCAUAACUAGCCUCUAAAACGGCCAUUGUGUACAGCCAUUGUAUACACACAGGAAGGGGCAGAAUAGUACAGAAGACCUCAGCCAAUAUCACUAUUCCACUCUGUCCCCAGGUGAAGGUAAUAAAGAAAGCCUACCAGCAGGAGAGUGAGUGUGAAGGUGGAGAGGUGUCGCCUCAAGAGGUCGGCCACAACAUCUACAUCCUGGCACUUCAGGUAACGCUCCCCUUCAGAUUAAUGGAGUAUAUUUAUGCACUCCUAUAAUAAUGUAAUAAGUUAAUGUUAGAGAAUAAUGCUUUCACCUGUUUUGCUUAUGAUUGUGGGCCAUGUUUUCGUCAGCUGGCGAGGCACAAUAAGAUCCUGCUCAAUCUGCUGAAACCUGCAAAGAGGACCAAGGAGGAGGGAGAGGAGGGCAUAUCCUCUAUGGUUAGUGUCUCUUUCUCUCUGAGUCAGGCUUUGCAUUCAUUUGAUCACUUUUGUCUAUUAAUUCCCUACUUGGCAGAAUUCUUUGUAGCCUUUCUAACAUGUGUUUAUUUGAAGUCAGUUUGUUUGAACAAGGCAAGCUUCAGCAUAUCUGGUUCUCUCAUUAAUGGAGUAAGUUGUCCUGUGAACAGCCUCACUUCACAUUACCUCUACGUCUGUGCUACAGCUGCUCGCAUCAAUGGCAGCAGACUCACUGCAAACUUUAACAACUGAUUUUAAUAUAAUAAUAAUAAUAAUAAUAAGCCAAUUAGACGAUUUUAUCCAAAGUGACUUAGUCAUGUGGGCAUACAUUUUUUACAUAUGGGUGGGACCUGGAAUCGAACCCACUAUCCUGGCGUUGCAAGCACCAUGCCGUCACAUGGGGAUAUUUGCAUAUCCGUGCUUCAUUUACAUGCCUGGAAAUGGUUUGAAGUAGUAGGUGUGGAGGGGCUUUCCUUUUGUUCUCUAUUGCUCCUCAAGCAAGGGGAGAGGCUGAUGAGAGGGAACCAUCAGACUCACUCCUUGAAUGGCCUACUCAAUGAAGUUUGCAAUUGUCUAAACAUUAUUUUGCUCAAAAACUAUAUAUUUUGUACCGUUAAGUGUGUGUACAUUACUGUAUUUAUACAUGGGAUAUUGUUUUUCAAAAGGAAAAGUUCAAAAAUAGUGUUUGUCCUGUUGACUUCCUGCAGCUGAACCUGAAAAACAGGCCUCUCUCUCAGAUGUUGAAAUCUACGGUGCCGGUGGAGAUCGAAGAGCAGGACCCACUGGAGUUCUAUGACCAACACACUUCACAGAUCGAGGUCUCCACAGCCACACUUCUCCCCUCAAUUCACCCAUACUACAGUAGUCAAUCUUGCUCAUUGUAAAUAGUCUGAAGUUCACUUGAACUGAAGUGCCCACUGCAAAAGACCACAAUCCUAACUUGUUGUCCCUGUCCGUCUGUGUCGUCCGGUCAGAUUGUGCGUGAGGACCGCAGCAUGGAGCAGAUCGUGUUCCCCAUUCAUCCCAUCUGUGAGUUCCUGAUGGAGGAGUCCAAGAUCCGUGUGUUCAACACCACAGAGCAGGACGAGCAGGGCAGCAAGAUCACACACUUCUUCCAGCAGGCCUCCUUCCUCCACAACGAGAUGGAGUGGCAGAAGAAGCUCCGCAGUAAGCACAACAACAGAAAAGGAACUAACACUCACACUUGUCUUUUCCUACUAGCACCGACUUUGCUGAUAACUUCUUAUUGAGACCAACAUGUACUGACUGUGAUGUGUGGUUGUCUCACCUAGCUAUCUUAAGAUGAAUACACUAACUGCAAGUCGCUCUGGAUAAGAGUGUCUGCUAAAUGAUUCAAAUGUAAGCUUGGCUCUUCUGAUCCUCCUGUGUGUUUUCUACUGUCUUGAAUCUCUCUCUCUCUCUCUCUCUCUUGGAUGUUGUGCGAUGAUAGAAGGCUGAAGGAUGUUUGUGUUUCAGGUAUGCCAGUGCUGUUUUGGUUCUCUCGCAGGAUGAGCACCUGGGGCAGCAUCUCCUUUAACCUGGCGGUCUUCAUCAACCUCAUCAUCGCGUUCUUCUACCCCUAUGACUCAGGCCAAGGUGAGGCUCUGCUUGUGUGUGUCAGUGGAGGCUGCUGAGGGGAGGACGGCUCAUAAUAAUGUCUGGAAUGGAGUGAAUGGUACCAAACACAUGAAAACAACUAAAUGUUUCAUAUAUUGAUUUCAUCCUGUUGUGAUUGCUAUCCCCUAGGUGCGAUAGACGACUCGAUGCUGUCCAUGCUGUUCUGGGGCUUCCUGGGUCUGUCUGUCAUGGGCAUGUUCUCCCAGGGUUACGGCCUCAGGCCCUUCACCGUGGCGCUCAUACUGCGCUCCGUAUACUACUUUGGCAUCGGCCCCACUCUCGUCCUACUGGGCACCCUCAAUGUAAGACUCACUCGAGUGAAUUCCAACUGGGAGACUAAGUGAAACAUUUACAUUACGUGGAGGUUAGGAUUGGCCUCUUAGGCCAGAGCCGGUUCUGUUAAACGUAUUGAUAAAUAUGAAUCUUGAUGAUGUGCUGAAUAUCAAUGACAACAUGGUGAUCCAAUGACUGUUCAUCUGUUCCUCUCCACAGCUGAUAAAUAAGAUAGUGUUUGUGGUGAGCUUCGUGGGCAACAACGGGACAUUUAUCAUGGGCUACCGUGCGAUGGUGAUGGACGUGGAGUUCCUCUACCACCUGGCCUACGUUCUGACCAGCACCCUGGGGCUCUGUGUCCACGAGCUGUUCUACAGCUUCCUGGUGGGUAACCCUCAUGACUCACAAUAUUAUGUUAAUAAUACUACUGGCAUGAAGUACCAAUCACCCGGCAAUACAUCAUUCAGCACACACACAUCUACACACACACAAAGACCCUAGGAUUUUUUUCUUCUCUUUUUGUUGUGUGUGUAGCUGUUUGAUCUGAUCUACCGAGAGGAGACGCUGUUCAACGUGAUAAAGAGUGUGACCCGUAAUGGGCGCUCCAUCCUGCUCACUGCCCUGCUGGCUCUCAUCCUGGUCUACCUGUUCUCCAUCGUGGGCUUCCUCUGCCUCAAGAACGACUUCAUCAUGGAGGUGGACCCCCUGCCUCAGAUAACCUCAGGUACUGGACCAUGAGACUCAGACAGACACCUGACUUACUGGACCGUCACCAACUCAGUGGCCUUGUGGUUAGAGUGUCUGAUAUUGGGAGUUCAAUCCCUGGCUGAGUCAUACCAAAGACUGCAAGAAAUGGGACCCGAUGCAUCUCUGCUUGGCACUCAGCAUUAAGGAGAUAGACUGAGCCUAAGGCCCUGCAAUAGACUAUAGUGUCCUGUUCAGAUCUGGGUUUGGUAUUUAAAUACUUUCUGUGUAUUUGAGUAUUUUCAAAUACACAUCCCAAAACAAGUACUUUUAUUUGAGUAUUGGAGAUACCGUCCUGUAGGUUUUCACUCCAACCCUGUUCCUGGAGAGCUACCAUCCUGUAGGUUUUCGCUCCAACCCUAAUCUAGCACACCUGAUUCUAAUAACUAGCUGGUUGAUAAGGUGAACCAAGUUAGUUACGAAAACAUGUACUUUAUGGUCGGUGUAUGGUAUACUAUAGGGUUGUGAUUAAUUUGUGAUCUCUUCUACAGGAGGACAUGGCAAUGAGGCGUCCCAAGACUUCCUGAACUCUUGCAGUAGAGAUGGAGUCAGCUGCACUGCCAAGGCAGGACUCCCUGCUGAACCUGAGGGUUAGUCUCAACCUAUUGUCUACACUUAGUAAAUCAUCUAUUGCUCCUUUUAUUGUUAAGUCGCCCUCGUUGUAUUACAGGUUUGGCCAGGAAAUACAUGUUAAAUAAUAUAAAACACAUUUUGGAUGUCAGAUGAUGAAUGAGAGGUACAUAGCUAAACAAUUUACGGUUUAGCAGAGGAGAACAAUUCGGAGCGGGCUUGUGACACUCUGCUCAUGUGCAUUGUCACUGUGCUGAACCACGGCCUGAGGAACGGCGGCGGGGUGGGAGACGUGCUACGCAGGCCCUCCAAAAACGUACGAACAAAAGACCCCCCCACACACACAUUCACCUACUUACAAUCCAUCUCGUACACAAAUCAGUAUCACAUCAUGUCAAAGAGUAGAAAAUGUUCCACAAGCCAACGUCAUAUUGUACCCUGUAGGAGCCUCUGUUCCCAGCCCGCGUCAUCUACGAUCUCCUCUUCUACUUCAUCGUCAUCAUCAUCGUACUCAACUUGAUCUUUGGCGUCAUCAUCGACACCUUCGCUGACUUGCGUAGUGAGAAACAGAAGAAAGAGGAGAUCCUCAAGACCACCUGCUUCAUCUGUGGUGAGAGACCAAUAGAUUUUAGAAAGGAGAAAAAAAAAAAAUUGUGUGAUAUGAGCUCAUGUUAUGCAAUGUGAAACUCCCUGUAGGUCUGGAGAGGGACAAGUUUGACAAUAAAACCGUGUCGUUUGAGGAGCACAUAAAGUUGGAGCACAACAUUUGGAAGUACCUUUACUUCAUUGUGCUUGUUCGCGAGAAGAACAAGACUGACUACACUGGACCAGAGAGUUAUGUGGCACUCAUGAUAAAGGUACAGUAAGCAGGUUUGGUUCUAGUUUCAUUGGAAACACAACCACCUCUAGAAUAAUUAUCACUGAAACCAGUUUACGUCUCCUUAUUGUAUGUAGCAUUGGAUACCUUGGUCUCUGGGGUCAUGUUGCUAGGGAAGAGCACUGCCACUGACUCCACAUGUCCUCCCCGGUCUGUCUCAGAGUAAGAACCUGGACUGGUUCCCCCGCAUGCAGGCCAUGUCCCUGGUGGUGACGGAUGGAGACGGGGACCAGAACGAGAUGAGGAACCUGCAGGACAGACUGACGUCCACUAUGAUCGUGGUCAGCCAACUCACAGGACAGCUAACAGAGCUCAAAGAGCAGGUAUAGCACACAGACCUAGAUUCGAUCCGUAUUGCAGAAGAUCCGCGCUGUAGUGUGAUUGAAAUAUAAAGGCAAUGUCCUUGUGUUCGCGGAGCCUUCAUUCACGGUAAAUGCUGCAUGUCAGCUCAAUCGGAAAUUACAUGAUGUAAUAAUAAAUAAUAAUAAUUGGUCAUUUAGCAGACGCUCUUAUCCAGAGCGACUUACAGGAGCAAUUAGGGUUAAGUGCCUUGCUCAAGGGCACAUCGACAGAUUUUUCACCUAGUGGGCUCGGGGAUUAGAACCAGCAACCUUUCGGUUACUGGCACAACGCUCUUACCCACUAAGCUACCUGCCUCCUGUCACAGCUUUAAAGCAAUACGGAUAGAAUCUAGCCCCUAGUCUCUUGUGAGAGACAUUGAGGAGCUGGCCAGCUCCAGAACAAUAUUUGGUUCUGGUUACCCCGAUAACACAGCACACAAAAUACAAUGCACGUAUUCACAUGAUCUCUUAUCCAGGGCAAGUAACGUAAUAUAAAAAUGACCUGUAUAAUGAUAAAUGAAUAAGAUGCCUAUGAUGCUGAUCUAUUUGGGAGAAAAAAAAGUCUGGAGUACAAUUUGGUUAACUGAUGUCCUCAUGAUAGGCUAGUGUUUCCAGGAGGAUGCCCCUGGCCUGGCUGGCUGACAUACUGUUUCCUGUGUAGAUGACGGAUCAGAGGAAGAGGCGGCAGAGGAUGGGCUUUGUGGAUGUCCAGUCGGGAGGAGGAGCAGGUGCUGCUAGCAUGUCACCCAGUGUUGCUGGAGGAAACCAUCAGAUGUCCAACAAACCCUGAUCGAUGUCCUAUCUUACUGCAUCACCAUCGCCGCCACGCUUUGCCAUAGACGGAGUCCGCCAAGCCUAUCGAUACUAUCCAAGAUCAGCCAACACUCUGUGAUGGAAUCAUCAAUCAUGUGUUAAACAUAGUGGAGAUGUUCUCAGUUGUGACUGAUGCUGACAGGACUGAGUUACUGCUGUUGGGUUCUUUGUAAAUCCACUCCAUUUGUUUCUCCUUAAAAAAGGGGCUCCUUCAGCACCUCCAGUAAUGUCUGAAGAAAUAGAGGAACAUUAUCAAUCUCGGUUCUUGGUCCAUGCAUGUUCAUGUCCUCAGAGCUAUUUAUUAAUGGCAUUUGUACAGUUGUAAACACACCACAUGACGACAACAUGGGAAAGUGAUACUAUGGCAACACAUCCAUCCAUUAUUUAUAACUAUAGUAAUGAUUUACAGAUUACUACAGUAGGCCCAUGAGUACCACCAAAUGUUUGAUUGUCUGAAGCAUGCAGAGAUUUGGAACACGUUCACUUGUCACAGAGCCAUUGUAUUGGCCCUCUGAGAAAUGUCUCCAUUGCACUCAGAAAUUGAAACUUGACAACUGAAUGUUAUCUUCUGACAGGCAUCAGUAAAAUUCAUUUGAUUUUAACUGUUUGUUUUCACUUCUAUACAACAUGCCAGUAUAGUAUGCAAUUUCUUCCAAAUGAAAAAUGAGGAAGUAAAACCUUCACUACAUUUUUAGGAUAGAUUUAUUCAACAAAAUACAUUCCAAUCAUUUUAGAAAACAAGUUAAUACAUAGACAAAGGACAUAACUGAGGAAGUACUUUCUGAAAAUAUGAUUUUGUUAAGUAUAAACAGAGUUAAGGCUAGAGUUCAUAAUAUAUAAAGGUAAAAAGGCAGGCACUUUCAGAGAAAGCAUUGUUCCAAGUGCUUAGUAUUUUAAUUAUUUUGUCAAUAGCCUAGAUUGUUAAGUUUGUUUGGAAUUUUGACACUCAAGUAAUUAAAGUAUGAAGACUACUAGCCUGUUCUUUCACUGAGUAGGGAGGUACCUUUUUUGCACUUUCACAGGAUUAUUGUAGUUGUACUCUGUAAUAAUGGCCUUAGUGAUACAGGACCUAUUUUAGUUACAAAAGUAAGGCAAAAAUAAGUCAUACCUUUAGUCUAAAACAUUCACUCACACACAAUUCCAGCGGUGCGUUCCGAUUCGGCUCUAAUCGGAGAUUUGGAACUCACCGUAGACUAGCAUGCUUUUCCCUCAUGCAAAUCUAUACUGACAAAGUGACUAAAAUCUAAUAAAAGUACAGAGGCUGCACACUCAUGAAGCAUAAUACUAUAUCAAUAAAAACAUUCUCUGAAUAAUCUGGGCUAUUAGGAAUUACCCCAAUUCCUUGCCGAAAGGUAUUGAAUUUCCAGAUUUAACGAGUAGGAGUGCUUUGUUGACAUUUGUUUUCCCUUAAUUCUUUAAUGUGUAAACAAGCAAAUAAUAUCCACCUGUAACAGGUAGAAAAUGAUUUAACUACUCUGUCUUGCUUUCACUAUUGCGUGUACAUAGUUAGUGGAAGAUUUGCCUUAAAUUCCUGUUCCCUUAUCAAAAUUAACUGUUCGAUCCUUUUAUCAUCCUAAAAGUUAUUAAUUAAAAGGUAAGAAAUAAAAAAAGGUUUUAAAAGCAGCAAUACUUGAAAUAUUGACCUGGGAAAAUAAGUUUAAUAAAAAUAUUUGUAUUUGCUACAAAGCAGCUGUAUCAUAAAUAUAAUGAUCAAAAUAACUUUAGUGUUUUCAAUUUACAAGGUAAAGCAAAGUAAAUACUUGAUUGUUUUCUACUUAUUGUGCAUGACUUGGUCAGUUGAGUGUAUUAAUUAGAACGUCAGUAACAAUCCAGACUGCUCUAGAGUGCUGUGGAAAAUACAUGUCAAAAGAGACCAACGCCCUCAUUACUAGGAUAGGCUACAUGAAGUGCAUUCCUCAUAACUAACUAUGAGUACCAUUAUCUUUGGAUUAAGUGAUGUUGUCCCCUUUGACCUUGGCCUUAGUGUCUCCCUCGCUCUCCACCAGGGCUUCCUUUAUCAGGUACUCCUUCAGGCUGGGCUGGUUCCCUACAUCAGCCCCAGAGUCCUGGAUCUCCUGCAGCAGCACCUCCCACCGCCGCUUAUCCUUGGAGAUCUUCCACGACAGUCUGACGUUUGCCUGGAGGAGCGGGAUGAGCAGUGGGUGAAAGUGGUGCUGCUGCAGGGCCUCCGGUGAGGGGGCCAGGUCCUUCAAGGCUCGGUCACAGUACUCCUGGGCCUCCCCCAGUUGCUCCAGCUCCUGGAAGCAGGUCACCAGGGCCAGCAGGGUGAAGAGCCAGUGAGUGCGCUGCUGGUGGUGAGGCUGCUGCUUCCCCUGCUGCUCACAGCCUAGCUUCUCCUGGAGCCUCAGGCCGUUGAGCAGAGGGCCCAGGCCCUCCUGGUAACGGCCCACACGCAUCAGCAUCUGACCAGCCUGCAGGUCACCCAGGUAGAAGAACUCCAGGAAGGUGGCCGAGCUCCGCAGCUCAGCCAGCGAGUGCAUGUGGGUCAGGUACUGCUCAAACGCCCGGCUACGCUUGGCGAUGGUCUCGGCCACAAAGUUCUUACGCAGCUUCUUGCGGGGGAAACAGACGCGCUCCAUGUCGACCCUGUGACGACGACGAAGUCGGCUGUGCAGACGCUCGAAGUCGGUGUAUCGCCGGGUGAUGACGGCGGGGGUUUUGUCAAACAUCCCAGACUGGAUCACAUGGAUGGUGUAGAGCUGAGGAGGGGGAGAGGUGUCACACACAGGCUUAGCCAGGGACUAGACUUUCAUCUCUGCUGUUUUCACACUUACCACAUACUUGGAGGAGCUCUCUUGCACCACACUGGCAUCAGUCACUUCAAACACCAGCUUGUCAGGCACACUACGGCUCCGUAAGCUCCUCCAGCUCUCCUGCAGCUGAUGUGUGAGCAGGGAUGAGCCUCCUGGAGAUGGGCCCACUGGGCUGGUGUCUGAGAAAGAAAGAGAGAAAUGUCAGCUCAGAUUGCCCUAAAACCGCUAAUCUAAACUGA